AUGGCUAGAGGCAGGCGCAUUGUGGUCGACUCGGACGACGACGACGACGACUUCCCCGAACUGCAGGAUUUGGGCAGGAACAGAAACCAGGAAAGCAGAAAUCUCGGCGGCCUAUCAGAAUCACAGGCAGAGGAUGCUACCGGCAAAGGCACGGUCAGGCGGCGCAAGCUCGGGGCACUGUCCGACAAGACGUUGCUCCGACCCAAGAUGGACAGAGGCUCGUCGCGGACGAUCUUUGACGACGAUGGAGAUGACUUCACCAGACCUCGGCGGACUGAGCUCCGGACCACCAAGCCGAGACCGGUGGUCAAAAGUGUUGAGAUUGAUCGCUGUUCAGAUACCGACUCGAUGCAUGAGGAGACGAUCAUCGAAGACUUCUGUGACGAUGACGGGUCCGACUUUGAGGCCAGUAGGAUCUCAGGGUCGGAUGAGAGCGACUUCUCAGGCGAGGAAUUCCUACAAAGGUCUCCAUCAAAGUCGAAAAGACCAGGCACCGAAACGAAAGAGAGGAACAGGCUUGGGCAAUCGAAGCGAAGCCCCAGUCCGAGUGCACAAUUAUUAUCGGAAGCGAUUGAGGCACAGGAGCGGAACGGUUUGCGGCAGUCUGGCAGUGAGGGCGAUAGAGCCAACAGCAAAACGACUUCCAAGAAGGCAAGCAAGUCAAGAGACAUCACGCCAUCAGACCUCGCAAGACCGCUCUCGAAACUGACCAUACAUGACUUAAAACCACCCAGCUCUCAGGAGUCCUCAUCAAGUAUCGAGCGACCAAAGACACCGACAUCUCCGCCUCCACAGCCCAAGACAUCAGGCCUGGUAUCUCCAAGCAAGAAGAUACCGCGCAUACCAGCAACGCCCCAUCACCCGAAUGUGGAAACCUUUUGGGACCAAGAGUUCAUUGAUGACUGGAACGACGAGCACUCGCCCAAGAAGCAGCUGUUCCUCCCGUCCGUCGGUGGCAGCCCGUCCAAGAAGCAGAGCAGUCCCAGCAAGAAGGGCGAGCCCAGUGCGGCGGCGAUAGCCAAGGCCGCGAAGAAGGCGUUCGAGCAAUCCAAGCACGAGCUCGCCGAUAAGUUCCUGCACGAGCUCGACACACACAUCACCGAUGGCAAGAUCUCGGAGCUCUCGGCCGCGACGGGCGGGAUCCGCAUCGACUGGACCAACAAGCUGAACACGACGGCCGGCCGGGCCAACUGGAAGCGCGAGACGAUCAAGCGUAAGGACGGCGACACGGGCGCCGUCACGUCGGUGCGCUACAAGCACCACGCGUCGAUCGAGCUGGCGGAGAAGGUCAUCGACGACGAGGGCCGGCUGCUCAACGUCAUCGCCCACGAGUUUUGCCACCUGGCCAACUUCAUGGUCAGCGGCGUCACCACGAACCCGCACGGCAAGGAGUUCAAGGCCUGGGCGGCCAAGGUCACCCGCCGGUUCGGCGACCGCGGCAUCGAGGUCACCACCAAGCACAGCUACGACAUCGACUUCAAGUACGUGUGGGAGUGCACCGCGUGCGGGCUCGAGUUCAAGCGCCACUCCAAGAGCAUCCACACCGACCGGCACCGCUGCGGCGCCUGCAAGAGCGAGCUGCGGCAGAUCAAGCCCGUGCCCAGGGGGAAGCCCGGCAAGGAGUCCGAGUACCAGAAAUUUAUGAAGGAGCAGAUGAGGCUGAUCAAGCAGGAGAACCCGGCGAGCCCCCAGAAGGACAUCAUGAAGAUGGUUGCGACGCGGUGGUCUCAGAAGGAGAAGAACACGGGGUCGGGGCACAAGAAGUCGACCUCAUCCUCGCAAUGUAGCAAUGACGGCAGCAGCAGCAAACCUCACAAGGUCGAAGGGGUUGCACAGGCUCUGGACCAGCUGGCACUGAUAGAUCUGACAUAA